UCACGCAAUGAUUUUUAUUCCACGAAAAAAAUCAGACAAAUCAAACAAUCAGCAAACAAAAUUGCCAAUGCAACCUUGAGUGACAAUAUCCAUGGCUAGAAGUCUCACCUUGAUUUUCAUUCUCAUCACCCUGUUGGACUCCGGCACCUUUAACCUUAUUCAGAGAGUGAAGUCCGAUGAUGAUUCGGCUCCUCCAGGAACAUUUCUGCCAGGCAAGAAGCUAGGUGUGAACCAUAGAACCGGCUACAUCUGGUCACUUUCAUCAUCACCAAGUCCUUUGGGUUCUUUCACACUUUCUUGGGAGCACAAACGACGCCAAUUGCAUAUUAGCCUAGGUGAGGUGGUUUAUUGGAGUAGUGGAGUCUUUAAAGAUGGGAGGUUCGAAUAUAUAUCAUCAUCCAGGUACAAUUUCACCAUCGUUUCAAAUAAAAGAGAAGACUCCAUCACCUACAGCACCGUGGAUCAUACUGAUAAAGUGUCAGCAUGGCUGCUGACGGACACGGGGGAUCUGUAUGAUACUUAUACAGGAGAUGACAUUGCGCGAGCAGACUGCGACGGCUAUAGCACCGAGAAAGGGUGCCGUAGAAGACUCCGGCCAAGUAGUUGCAUGGCGACAUUUGGGGUUGAGUUUCAGCUGAGAAAAGCUUACUGUCAUUCAACUAGUGAAAGAACCCCAUAUUAUUUUAGGAAUGUAAGUAAUGGCGCUAGUGAGUGCAAGGCCGCUUGUUGGCAAGAUUGUGAAUGCCUUGGCUUUGACAUUGCGAUUAAUCAAACAGCUGGAUGCCGUUUUUGGAGUGCAGACUGUCAAUUUGAUAAAGUCAGUGGAUUCAGUUCUGGAUCUAGUUUCGGUUCUGGAUCUAGUUUUGUGCUGUCAAGAUUAAUCCCUUCACAACCAUCGUCUCCCGGAAGUAUUAAACAAGAUCCAGCACGUAGGUUGAUCUGGAUUGGCACUGCAGUUGUCUCUGCUCUACUGGUAAUGGUGAGUUUGUUCGCCUGCUAUCUACUAAUAAGAAGAAUAGGAAGGAAAUUAGUACAUUCAGACCGAAAUGGGGCAAAGGUUCAGGAAAUUCUUACCUUGAUGAAACCUAAUAUACCUACUCAUGAAAAUGAUGGAAAGAUAGGAAAUGAUAUAAGCGUUUUUAGCUACACAUCUGUUCUGGCUGCUACACGCAACUUCUCAAACGAAAACAAGCUCGGUGAAGGGGGGUUUGGAUCUGUUUAUCAGGGAAAAUUGGUGACGGGACAAGAAAUAGCCGUAAAGAAGCUUUCCAAAAAUUCAGAGCAAGGCGCUCUAGAGUUUAAGAAUGAAUUGAUACUCGUAUAUGAACUCCAGCAUACCAACCUUGUUCGACUUUUUGGAUUUUGCAUUCGUGGUGAAGAGAGGAUGUUGAUAUAUGAGUACAUGCCAAACAAAAGUCUGGACAACUUUUUGUUUGAUUCAACCAGAGGUGUGCUACUCAAUUGGAAAAGGCGUUUCAACAUAAUUGAAGGAGUCGCUCAAGGAUUGCUUUACUUGCACAAAUACUCCAGAAUGAGAGUGAUUCAUAGAGAUUUGAAGGCCAGUAAUAUUCUACUCGAUGAAAGCAUGAAUCCAAGAAUUUCUGAUUUUGGUAUGGCAAGGACUUUUACACAAAAUGAACUAGAAGCAAAUACUAAGAGGAUUGUCGGGACAUAUGGUUACAUGUCACCUGAGUAUGUCUUCGGGGGGAACUUCUCUAUAAAGUCCGAUGUGUACAGUUUUGGAGUCUUAAUGCUUGAAAUCAUCAGUGGUAGGAGAAACAACAGCUUCUACAAUGAUGAUCGCGUGCUCACUUUAGCAGGAUAUACAUGGGAGCUAUGGAAAAAAGAUGCAGCGCUGGAACUAAUGGAUCCAACACUAGGCAAUUCCUGUGAUGAGGACCAAUUGUUAAGAUGCAUGCAUGUCGGUCUGCUCUGUGUGGAAGAGAAUGCAACCGAUCGGCCGAACAUGUCAGAUCUCAUAUCUAUGUUGACAAAUGAAAGCGUGCCUUUACCUAAACCAACAAAGCCAGCAUUUUGUACAAGGAGAAAUGUGAUCACGUCUGGUAUAGAUAGGAAGGGGCCAGAACUUGAAUCUAUAAAUGGUCUGUCCAUUUCUGAUUUUGCUGCCCGUUAAAGCUACUAAUCAACACACAUCCUCUGCUGACUGUAUUUUAUGUAAUUGGCAUCUAAUAUGUACUUACAACAAAGUGGGUCAGCGAUAAUAUGUACAGGCAUAUACGUUUUGGGGA